GUUCGAUGUGACAGUCGGAAUACAGACUCGCGUGCCAUCCGUGUCUGUGCUUUUAUUACCUUUAAACGGGCUACGCGUUCAUAGAUGGAAUAAAAAUACACCAUCGGUAGGUAACAGCUACAUGGUCUCAUGUUUCUCCAUGUCGAGAAUUUGGCGAUAUUAGCGAACGGCGAGAAGUCGCCGAUCUUUUUGCUUUGAUGCUCUUACAGUGGACGAGUUGCAGGCUGUACCGUAACCCUAACGAUAUUCGCGAUAUUCUUCGACCACGUUUGGCCGUCGGGCAGAAUCCCGCUCACUGCUUUUCCGAUACAGCCCAGCAAGUUGACACCACGUUGACUCAGGGAAGUGCUGACACAUGGGUAUCCUUCAGUUCGGAAGGAACUUUCCCUUUAGUCGGCGCACCCAGGUUCACAAGCUUCGUAGUCGCUGUUCGUUUUACCCACGAUUCUGCCGUGUCAGCAAGUGAACUUUUCACAUUCUGUUGUUGCAGACUGCUCAAAGUAUUCUUGAGCUCUUCCUGGUGGAGCUAGAGGAUGCGCUCCACCUGCGAGUUCCAGUGGGACGAAUCGGGCCUCUGGUGCGUUCCAGAAUGCUUAGCUAAUCAUCUGACUUGGAAGCUGAAUUGAUCUAAAAUCUUCCCAAUGGUUGUUCGGAAGACCCUCGGAGCGCAUACCCUACACAGACAUUGGAUCCUCGUCCUAUGUACUCAGUGCCUGAUGCGCUACUCAGGGUAACUUUUCCUUGGCUGGAUCUGGCCCACCGACUGUACCCGAA